CCCGAGCCCGAGCCCGCGCCCGCCGAGCCCGCAGGUGAGGAGCCCGCCGCCUGACCGCCGCGGUACCGCUGCGCCGGACCCUACCCAACGAUCUCGCCGCCCAUUCUCAGCUCUUGGUAACCCAGAGCGUACUUCGUCAAUAUCUUUAUAAAUUUCAACCAUUCUAACUCCCAACUCUUUUUACCUGCUUCACUUAGCCACUGAAAAUUGCGUUGUAAAUAAUCAUGGAACUAUGAUUUCUAAGUCACUUAAAUUUUCUUGCUAAAUGAACAUAUUAGCGUUAUGCUAUUGUUCCUCCUCUAAAUGUAUAAAUUUUCUAAACGCAAUGGCAUUGUGAUCGACAUCAGUACAAAAAUUAGGUUCACUUAGUCGUUAGCUUAAUUACUGUGUCACCUCCCUAACGUUUACAUAUAAAUGUAUGCUACUCUCCUGAUCCCCAGAGCAACUCUUCGGUUUUCGAACCGACAUAUCCGAGCACCAGACUAGGUUUCCGAUCAAUUGACCGAUUGGUGAACAUGCACAGAAUAACACUUCUGGCAUGCUUGUUGAACUUUCCACGUCAUCUAAACACCCCCUCCCCCUUACCCCUUCCUUUGGCCAAAAGAAGAACUUAAUCGUUAAGAUAAUAAACAUUUGUAAUCAAUUUUCAGUAACUUAUAUUUUAAAGUAACUUUUCAUACAAAAACUAAAGUUUACUGAAAAUUGAGCCUGCACAAAAUAUUAUUAUUAUUAGAAUGCGACGCUCACGUGAACAUUAACACAAGUACAAUUUAAUAUUAAUACGUCCUUCUAUAAAAUAAUUAACUGAUUUUGGUCUAGAAAGCGUAUCACUGUACAAAUUAUACAAUUUUUAUAAUAUACACACUUGUGUUGAGGUUCACGAGGCGUCUGCCUAACGAUGGAUAUUUUCGACUGAAAUUGUUAUGUUUAUAUAACGUUUUACAUCUCGAUAACUUGUUUUCUGUUUAUUUGAACUUAAUUCAUUGAUUGAUAUUGUCGACUGUGUGCUUUUAUCGAAACUGGUUGUUGUCCUAUUUGAUCUGGCUCACGGUGGUACACACUUUGAAAGUUUAAGAAAAUAAUGUUGAAGACGACUCCAUAUAUUUAUUAUGAUACGAUUACUAUUGUACAAUCAAUUAGUCUGUUCCGCUCCUGAACAAGGGCGAGAGCCUUCCACCCGAGUGUGAUGUGAAUACUGUCUAAUGUUUUGAAAAGUUUUAAUUUAUUAUAAGAAUCAUGUGAGGAUCAAUGACGAAUCAAUAAUUUAAGUAAAUGUUCUUAGAUAUUUGUAUGUUCUGUAAUGUGCCAAUUAAAUGGUUUGAAUGAAGUUAUUAAGAUUAUUUUGUGUAUGUAUCUAACGAUAUCGCUGAGCACUUCCAAUGUAACCCCUAGCCUGAUGUGACCUUAUACGUGAGUGUGUACAUGACUUGUUAUUAUUUAUUUGUAAGAGUAACUGUACACUGUCCGACCCUGUGUUCUAUGGAAUCGCCACAAAGUGUGUCACACCAUGUAAUUCACAAUCAAUGUCCUUUACCUAGACUGUAAGACUAACAAAUGUGAUCUGUUUCGAUAAGAGUGCACGGCAUAGUACCGUCUCUUUCUGUUGUGGUGUGUGCGAGCGAGAGGUCGCGACAGAAGUGCCGAGUUCCUACAUAUAUAGUUAGUGUCGUCGCGCGUGUCGAUGUAACGCCACAUGUACUUAUACGUGUUUGUUGUAUAUUAUAUAAAUUGUGAUACAAAUAUUACGCGAUGUGUAAUUUAAAUAGAUUUAAGUUGAACUUGUAUUAAAGCAACGAUGUGUCGGCCUGUGGGCCCCGGUAUCAGUUUGUCAGAAUACGUAUAAGUGUAUGACGCGGCCGGCAGAGGGCGCGAGUGUAGUCAUGUCGCUCCGCUAUGAUCAAACUUGACGAAUAAACAACUGCCAGGUGCAGACUGUAACUAGAUAGGAUGUGCGGUUAUUUAAAAUUAUAUAAAUAUAUAAUUUAGACGUAAAUGAAUUGUAUGUGUCGACGCCGCGGCCGCGUGCGUGUGUGCGUGCGGUGUCGGUACACUUGUGUUAUGUAUUCGCUCGUCCGGGGUCAUCCGUAACUUAAGUAGGCUUUAAGUUGUGCCCUAGCGGGCCGCGCGUGCAAUCUGCUUCGCAAUAUUGAACUCUACUGCAUUUGUGAUAAGACUUGAUUCCCGUUGCAGUAUUCGCGACCACGACCCCGCGCGACCGACGACUGCAGUGUUUAACAAACAUUGAAAAAACCACGAAAUUUUAUAACAAAAAAACCUCUUUAUACGUUAACUUAGAUAGUUAUUAUUAAUUUUAGCUUUUAAUAGGUGUUCAAUAUUUUUCAAUCUUUUUUUCAAUCACGAGCAGCAUUUAGGCGGACGACGUGUUGUCGUAUUACAAGUGUCAGUGUCCGAUAUGUCAUGUAAAUAUUAUAUUUAAUAGUUAGAUAUGAUAUGGACAAUACCUAACAAGUGAAAAAAUAUGGUUUUAUUGAAAAAUACAUUCAAUGAAAUUAUUAGUGUGCAUGCGAGUCGGCGGCGCGGGCGCGAGACUCGCGCGCUCGCCGCCGACGCUCAGCUUUUAUUUUUGUUUGUCCCUCUCCCGGCUUCGGUAGCAUGUAGAUAGACUUGUGCAGCUUGCGGCUAGCCCACCAGGACUGUCAGCCAGGCAGCGAUGUUGCUGUGCUUUGAAAGAACUUGUGUCUUUAAAGAUAUAGCCUACAAACUUAAGACAGUUAAUAGCCAAUGUACUACAUCUAAAUGUUUUCCCAUGCAGGAAUUAAUUAUAAGACUUAGAGAAAAAUUGCAAUAAGUGAAAAUAUUCUGAAAAUUUUAAUGAAUUUUUACGAAGACGCAUUUCUAUGUCUGUUAGGGAGUUAACAGUCAAUAGAUGGCGCUAAUAGUCACAAAGGCCACUAACUAAAUGUCAUGUGGUCUCUGCCAACAUGAAAUGGAAUGUGGCGACUGACAUUCUGGCAUGUCAGGGUCAUUUAUAGUGAGUACUACAAGUACUUAAAGUUAUAAUAUUGAUACAACCCCUAUCAUUAGUAUAAAGGUCUAAUUAUAGUUCCAACAAUUACUAAAUAGGGCACAACAAUUUGCGGGCUUCUCCAGGUUCGAGUCCUAGACCAGGCAAUGUAUAGUACCUAUAGGUUCUGUAGGUAUGCGUGUAGAUAAAGAAAAUCUGAGUUAAACCCAUGUAUUCAACUAUAACUGCGAUAAAUGGCAAAAGGCUCGCUUAGGCAUAAUAAGUAUGAAAAACAAAACAAUUCUUAUGGAACAGCGUGAUGGUAUAUUACAUUUUGUAGGUGUAAUGUAACUACACUUCUGCGUCGAGUAAGCGAUUCUCUACCUUAUCUUGAACGAAGUAAUGCACACCCUGCCGGGGCCAGCUGAAGGGUCGAUUGCCUAAAAGAUUUACACUGGCCCCAGUACACCAAGGGCAAGAAGGAACACUGGUAGGUUUUAGUCGGUAAAAGUGUUAUACUUCCUUCCGCUCAACCCAAAGCGGGACUUGAUGAUUUUAUAUCCGGAACAAAUUAUGAAAGCUUAUGAUGACCUGUCUACUUUUAUACUGAAUGCUUAUUAUUCUCCACACCUUAUCAAUGAAAAGAUUCCAUUUCACUUAGCUCCACGUCAAUGGAAAACCAUCGAGCGCGCAAACUAAAAACUAUUUGUUCUCUUUCUUCAAUAUCUUCUUACCAUAAUCACACAGACCUUUUGGCAUAAUACCUAAAACAUGAUAUCUAUGAUAAUGAAUACAAUCUAUACGCUAGGUUAUCGUGCACUCUGUGCAGCUCGCUGUCACUCGAACCUGAACCUUGUCAUCACUUGUCAAAACAAACCCAAAAACAGCAACAAUUUUGUAUCUAAAGCUUAACGAAACAAAAAAAUGCGCCUCGAUGGCCCGGCCCAUACCGCACACUGACUUGAGAAGCUUGUCGGAGCGCGCCGAGAAGGAGCUCAGCCCGAAGGAGAGUCAGUCGAGCAGUUUAAUAGAUGUGACGAUAGACAGCAUCAAGAGUAAGACGAGUAAGAACCUGAUCCUGGGCACGGUGUCGGGCUGGGCGGCGGGCGUGGCGCUGGUGCGCGUGGGGCGCGUGGCGGCCUUCGGGCUGGGCGGCGGCAUCCUGCUGCUGCACUUCGCGGCCGAGUGCGGCUACAUCCACGUCAACUGGGACCGCGUCAAGGACGCCGCCGCCGGCCUGCAGCGCCUCGCCGACCGCGCGCUGCGCUUUGUCAGCCACAACAGCUGCUACUCCGUAGGAUUCUUCGGCGGAUUCUUCUUCGGCGUAGCCUCCACGUAGUGAUGAUAGGUAAAAGUUAAACUAACAUAAUGUAUUUGUUAUAAAAUAUUUGCUGCUAAUAAUAUAUUAACUUGGUUUAAGUAUCUCCUAAUUUUUACUAUUGAAACUAAUCACUAAUAGUGUGAAAACGAAAAGAAAUAGGUAAUAGGAGUGACAACCAAAAUAAAGUACCUCAAGCAAAUGACUAGUCUUGAUAAUCAAAUAAAUGUCUAAGUACAGUCGUAUUGUCUUGAUUUUUUUACUCAAGCGUAACUUAAAAAAUCCCUAUCAUCGAAAUUCAUCACAUUUAGCUGAAAUAGAAAAGGUCUAAGAAAUUAACGUAUACCUCAGUAUGAGGAUUGGCAGCAACUGGCCUUGUCCUUGAGAAUAAGUAAGUAUAAUAUAAACGACAUAAAAUGCAACACGAUGCAGUAUCCAAUGAUCUAGGGACAUCAUAAAGUCUUAGGCACAUACAUACCAUAUCGCUGUACCUGUAUAAGGUUGAGUACCGAAAAAAAUACGAAGUAUUUCUUUAAUGACGGAUCGAUGGAUGGCUUCUUAUGUAUCUAUAAAAACAUACAAAAAGGAGCAAAACAAUAACUUGUUCAUUUUUCUUUUGAACUUGGGUUCGAUUCCCUAACUUGCUACUGUCAAAUUAAAAUAAUUAUUGCACGAAAUUGCUCCUUACUUUAGUGUGUGUUAGAGAUUGUAAGUAUUUUUAAAUUGAACCGAUUACAUAAUUGGAUUUAAAUAAUUUGAUGCUAUAAGUGGUCUUGGUCUUGGUCUUGGAAAACGCACUACAAGGCGUAGAGCAGCCUCUCUUUACGUGCUAGGUAGGCCCUCAUACAUACGUAUAUAGUUCGAUAAAACUGCUAAUCUAUCUCGCCUGAAGACAGGUAGAAUAUACAGGAGGAAUUGCAAAGCAUUGCGGUUUAGGUUUGGUCAGUAAGAUUCUGACACUACCUGAAUUUUCCCCGAGAAGGCUGUAUGAGGAUUGCUUCGACUAAUAAAAAAAAAACUAUCAAUGGCUUGAUGUAUAUUUCGAAGCAGCACAGACAUUGUGAAAGAAAGACUCACUAUAUCAUACUUUUUGUAUGUCCCGGGUUCAGAACUCCCGACCUCGCGCACGACAGUCACGCUAUCUCAGAUACAUUAACCGAUGAAGCAUUGUUACAUAAAAAUAUUGUAGACCGAAAGUUAGAUCCGUGCGUACGUUGGCGGGGAUGUGGCCGCUAAUAACAAAAUAAAUUUGCUGUAGAUAACUAGAUAGGUACCUAAGUAAGUAUAAUGCUAUAAAUAGGAAGAGCCUUUUGCCACACAAUAAGACUUAAAUAUGAUAUAAAUUGCCUGUUGGUAUAAAACAGGUGUUCAUUUACAUAAAACAAUAUCUACAUAGAUAGCAAACUGAGGCCAAUGUGGUAUUAAAGUAAAGAAGCAAAUUAUUACUAUUUUUUUUACCGUACUCUUGGCGGCGAAAACGAACGGAAUGUUUCUCCGUUCUAAAUAGCCGGGAAACAAACAAGAACCCUUUGUCAGAUUAUCGCGAACUCUUAUCUCUACCAAUGUCAAUCAUACAACAUUCUUAAGUGGUAAUAAUUUAAUAUAUUAAUAACUUCCUGAAUGAUUCUUGGUCAUGAUGGCUAGUGUUGCGAGACACCAGCCAGCUGCGAGGGACAUAUUCAUGCAAGAACGUGUGCGCCAACACAGUUUCACUCUCAUUUUUAAAGUUAGUGAUAUGAAUCUUUGAAAAACUACUUUUUGAUAUUCAGAAGCACCUAAGUAAUCUAAAUGUAAUACUAAAAUACAAAGAAGGAAAAUAGUUUGAAAAUUUUGUCUAUGGUAGAUAAAUAUCCCUAAAUAGCUGUCAAUGUCAUUUUCAAAUGACAGGGCCGAGGGCCGUAUAUCUAUCCUUAUCUGCAGUAACCGACUUAACUUUAUGUAUUUAUACCAUCACGCUUCUAUUAAGCAAUGGCUAGGCAGGGGUGUAGGUAUUAAAUGCGUUUAGUAGGGUUAUCCUGUUGGUAAUAAAUAACUCGAUGUUGGCGAAAUCCUACCUUAUCUAAUAAGGAAUAUGUACUAAUUACGAAUGCUUUUACGCUCUGCUUUGUAAAGCUUGCUGCAGUAUGCAUGUAUGUAUUGCUUUUUGUUUGCUUACUAUAGUUCUGAGGCAAUUGAGUACUGCGGAUAUUAUUUGAUUACAACCCGAUAUGAAAUAUCAUUAAAUAACAAAAACCGCCCCUUAUCUAUUUAGAUUUAUAUUUUUUACUACACUUCAAUUAUAUUUUUAUCUACGGUUGUUGCAAAUGCCAUUGCAACAAUAAAAAAGUAAUUAU